GAAACGUCAUUGGUGAGUGUCGCGAUCAGUUGCCAGCGAUAGCGACUGGCAAUAACCUGGCGUGAGUUGUUCCAGGUUGUUCGCGUAUAACGUGCAUGAAGCGUCGAAGUCGAACGUUCGCGUCGCGAGUGCAUCCACGAGAGAGACGGGACAAAAAAAAGAGUAGCCGCCGAGACAUGUAACCGGACUCGCAGCUCGAUCAGCUUCGUUUUGUUCUUCUUGAUGCAACCGUGCGUCGCGACAAUUCCACGAUAAAGCUGUGUGAUGACUGUCACGGUGACGGCCAGCGAGUCGAAGUCGAAGCCGCGAUUUCUCAUCAGCAAGAUCCUGAUUUAUUGACGAAGGCGAGAGGCGUCCGAAAAUGACGGAGAGCUUGAUAAACGAGUGGUUGGCGGACUGUAAAGACGUCUCGCAGUCGGAACUGCACACGUUCGCCAGCACGCUCUCGCAGGACAACGAGAUCGUACGAGCGCUCUACAUGCUUCUGGAGGAGCGCACUAAAUAUAGCGAGUUGAUGGACACAGUAUGUAAUCAAUUAUAUAAUUUUUACCGAUCACGGGAAAUAGAACUACAAAGGUUCACUCUGCAAUUUCUACCAACGCUGAUAUAUAUUUAUCUAAAUUCUGCCGCACAUGGUGAUAUUAAGAGUUGUCGUUCUCUUGAAACCUUAUUGAUUGGAUUGUACAAUUUAGAAGUGGUGGAUAAAUCAGGUCAACAAAAAGCAAUCUCAUUUAGAUUACCAUCUCUUGCUAUGUUAUCCAUAUUCCAUCAGCCUGAGACUUUAGCACCAGCAUCGUUAACAGUAAGCGCGGUGCGACGUUUCGAAGAGUGCAAUACGAAACUUGUGAGCUGGGGUCCAUUGCAGCAAGUUGAGACAUUAAAUGCACAAAAUCGAUUGAAAGUAAUGACAGCUCUGCUUUUCAUCUACAAUCAGCAACUCGGUUAUAUAAAUAAAUUUGCUAUGGAACAGUUGUGUAAAGUUGCAACAAAACUUGUCACUCAAGGAUUUAUGAAACCAGGACAUCAUCAGCGUUCUUCAUACGGCAGUGAGUCUAGUUUUGUUCCAAGACUUUUGCCACGCAUACCAGUGUCCAGUCAGUUUCUCUUGGAAUUCUCACAUGCUGUAUAUUUUGCCAUGUAUAACGAAUGCUGGUACGUGGCAAAUCAAGCCAUAGAAGAUAUUCAUAAUAGAGCAUGUUAUGAAGCAUAUCCAAGUGUAAUGUUAGUUACUAACGCAAUACGCAAUUCUGCCAGUUCUGGAGCACCAGGUCAAGGAAGUGAUGGACCAAUUGGAAUUAGCGUUGCACUGUCCCCAGCAACUACUACACCAACCGUUUCAAAGUCUAUGAUCACAAAUGCUUCUUUCCGUACUAAGAAAUUACCAGACGAUCUGGAUGAGAAGUUAUUUGCGGUCGAAUUGAGCAAUUGUCAAGUCGAGAAGCAACAGCAACCGACAGUGUCUGGGAGCAGCAAACGUCGGCCAUGGCAUUGGAAGCACGCGCUUCCAAGCUCCGUUGAUAAGAAGGACACGGGCGUAGGGAAGGCGCAUUCUUCCUCCUCACUGGAAGGCUCCAGACGUGGGAGUGUAUGCAGCAGUCAUAGCUCGCCGAUAAAGUCCUCUCCUAAAAGGAGCAAAGAUCAGCAGUCAAAGAAAGCAACUCACGAGAAUAAGGACGACGCGAGUCAGAAAGCUAGAAAAGAGAGUAGCAUAAAGUGCGAUUCUACCUUUGGCGACGAUAGAUUGGCCGCUAACGCGCAUCUGUAUAGCGUAUUAGAGGAGCAGGCGCUGGGGGAGAUCAUUCGAGAGUCGGUGGAAAAUUUGUAUACGGAAGGCAAUAGAUCGAUCGGUUAUUGCGCUACUGCCGCGCUGUCAUCAAACAUAUGGUAUUGUCACUUCAGUUACACUGUAGGAUGGCAUGACAUACCAAUACAAGUUGUAAAAGAUGAAACCACUGGAGAAGGUAAAAGUAACCUGGUAUCGAUCACGGAGGAACAAGAAUCAACGGAGCCGAAUCGCGUUGGUUCCAUGAGACAAUCAAAGGAUCAAAAGACUGCUUCGAAGAUUACCAAUUUCCCAGUACUCGGCAAGAAACCUAAAGAGAAAGAGAGCAAGGUAACGAAGAACGCUCACGUGACGUCCGAGAAGGAGAAGAAGCUCGGCUCUCAAACGACGUCGAGGGAGAACAUCAAGGGCAGCCUGUCGAUGCUGAACAAUGACCAGACGGACGUCGACGGAAAUGUCAACGGAUGCGCGAUCCGAAAGAAGAAUAACAGUGUGGAGAACAACGCGAUCAUAAUAGAUCCGAACGUUGCGUUGAUAGACAACGAGAGACUGGGGUCGUUAGGCGGUGAUGUUAACGACGGUGGUAAUAUCGAAAACUCCAUGAAUCUGAGAGCGCAUAAUGAGACGGAGUCUAUGGGUGCUUCGAUUCAAGUUAGCUCGGUUUAACGAGGACAGACGUCUAUCCGACAGCAGAAACGUUACCAACAGUAAUGGGCUGAAACACAAAUUAAACAGAUAAGCCAUUCUCUCUUCCAUCUAGACCUUGUCAAAUCCGUGUUUAACGUGUACAUGUUGUACUUUUUUCGUAGAAUCGUUUAAGAUCACGCACCAACGGAGUAAUUUGUCUAUUAUACCACUGUAAUGCAAUACUUUGGGUAAGAGUCGUAUAUAUUUCUAUUUUACUACACGUAGCCGUUUUCUCAGUCAGUCCAUUACUUUAUUGAUCUCCAUAGUGUUUUGAGAAAAAAAGAAAAAAAAACAAAAAGAAAAACGGGAGCGGGAACAAUGAACUGAAAGUGGUGCGCGGUUGUUUUGUUAAGUGACUUGUGCAUAUUGGGAUAUGUGUGUAUUGAGUAAUUUUUGUAAUUUAAUCUAUAAUUUAUUCGAUAUAUAUUUUAUAAGUACACGCCAAUACAUAUAUAUAUAUGUAUAUGUAUGUAUAUGUAUAUAUAUAUAUAUAUAUAUAUAUAUAUAUAUAUAUGUAUGUAUGUAUGUAUAUUUGACAUUGUGUAAUGUCUUGGUCCACAAGUUAUCAAGUUUCACUUUUAGAGAUUGUGUAGAUCAUUAUAAUGAUGGAAAGAAAAAGAACAAUUACAUAAAAAGAUUAUUACAUUGCAAUACACGUAUUGAUAUAUACGUAUGUGUUUAAACCCAGAUGUGCCUCGGGAUACUUGAAGCAUUUUUCUUUCUCAUCUCGAGUGUGUGUAUGUAUGUGUGUAAAUAAAGUUGCGCCCAAAGAUAUACGUUAUGGCUGCCGAGAGAGCAGCGCAAAACAAAAGGUAGGGAUUAAAAGUCGAGACAUUUAAAGUAGAGUCACUUAAUUGUACACAGGAUUGUCACUUAAUUGUAAACAGGAUGAGAAUGCGCUACGAUGAAAGUGUCAGGCAUGUCUGGGUUGAAUGAUAGAAACUGCUAUUACACUUUCUAUCAUAAUUGUUCCGAUAUGAUAUUGACGAUUCAUGACGAGAGUAAUCUGUUUUGCAAAUAGUUAUAUUGAUAUAAAUAUAUAUGUAAUUGUUGGAAAUAAUUACGAGACUCGAGCUCGAAGAGACUUUAUUUUCACGUGAAAGUUGACUCACGUUGAAAACAGUCAACUGGUCGGGAAGUUACGCCAUUUGGGCAUGCAGAAGCGGGAAUUGUUUAAUGGAGACACGUUGCUUGAUGUACUCAACUUUCCUUCGUGUUUCACUACGGAUUUGCGUUUAAACUCGUCUAAAAAGUUAGACCACGUAGUUCUGUGCAUCGAUCUCACGAGGCCUGUCUUCGUGAGAUCGAUAUACAUGCAACUUUCUAAACUUUCAUGAACUUAAUACUGAACUAGUGAUGUAGCCUUGAUAAAAAACAAUAACAAGUGAAGGUUGCGGCAUUACGGAGUUUUGUAUUCACUGUAAUAAAACUUGUUAUUUUAUUACGAGUAAUAAAAAUUUUAUUAUGUGAAUACAAAACUUUGUGAUACGCCGUAAAAAUUAAUAUUCGUCAUAUAGGAGAUAAAAGCUCUACGUUUAUGCGUAUCUUUUUAUCAAAAUAAAAUGAUUCAAAAUUGGCAAGUGUCUAGAAGAGAAAUAUUAUAAUUAAGUCUCUUUGUAAUGUUUUAUUGAAAAGAAAUUUAUAUUUUCUAUAAUCGUGUCAAAAGAUUUUGUGGCGUCUUGUGUAAGUUUCCGCUACUCUGUGUCCAUUCAGUGUAGAAUUGUACUCUCUGAUCUAUUAAUAUGUGUAAAUAUUAUAAAAAGAACAAUGUAUAGAAGAAGGGACGAAAGAAUUUGAUUCAAAUGUAAGAGGAUCAUAAUAUAUCGACAAUUGCAUUUGUUAACAUAGGUCGAAUAAGUGUUCCAAACUAUGAAAUAAUAUAUCAUAUGUGAUGGUGAAGCGAAGCAGAAUCGAUGCUCGUUCAAGGGUCAGUUAUUAAUUGAAUUACCCUAUGGCCUAUAUUGUAUUAAUUGAAGUGUAACAUGAAAUGUAAAAAUACACUGAAGUUAUUGGAAAAAGCAAUGAUAAUAACAGUAAUAAAAAUAAAUGUUAUUCUA